ACGGCGACGCCUCCUCCGUCAUCACGCGGGCGUCAGCGCUCACGUCACCGCGCUUCCUGCGGCCCCGGCACGCUAUUGGCUGGCUGUCAAGAGGUGGGCGGGUCCGUGGGAACCUGGCUGACAGCAGGCUGAGCCACCCUAGUAUCGCGGCCGGCAAGCGCGCGGGCGGGUGGCGCCAGGUGGUCAGCGCAUUAGGCCCCUAUUUUAAAUUCCUGGGCAUCUCCAGUUGCGGAUAUUCUGAGCAUUUCUGGACUGGGAAAGCCCGCUUUUCAUCCACCUGCCAAAGGAGUUGAAAGCAUGUAGGUUCCCACCGCUGCGGGGGAACCCGGACUGUCAGACUCCCUCAUCAGGCUGCCCCUCUCGAGUAUUUCGGGGCACGGACUUGCUCAUCUCCGGAAGAUAGUACGGUCUGCUCCUCGUGGGUCUUUAGAGAAAGAACACAGCUGUUGUCUGAAUAUUUAACUCUGUGGUGAUAAGAUGGAUUUUAAAAUCGAACAUACUUGGGAUGCUUUUCCAGUGAAGCAUGAGCCGGCAUUUGUCAGGCUGAAUCCAGGUGAGGGAGGGGUGAUGGUGGAAGUCAGUGCCCCAUUUUUCAACGAUCCUCCAGCCCCACUUGGAGAACCAGGAAAGCCUUUCAAUGGACUGUGGGAUUACGAAGUUGUCGAAGUAUUUUUCUUGAAUGAUGUAACUGGACAGUAUUUAGAAGUUGAACUUUGUCCCCAUGGACAGCAUUUAGUGCUACUACUCUCUGGAAGAAGAAAUGUGUGGAAACAAGAACUUACUUUAUCUUUCAAAGUGUCCAGAGGUGAGACAAAAUGGGAAGGCAGAGCUUAUCUUCCUUGGAGCUAUUUUCCACCAAAUGUGACAAAAUUUAACGCGUUUGCAAUUCAUGGAUCAAAGGAAAAAAGAAGUUAUGAAGCCCUUUAUCCCGUACCUCAGCAUGAACUGCAGCAAGGACAGAAACCUGACUUCCAUCGUCUAGAAUAUUUCAAGCCUUUUACUUUUAACACACUGUUUGGAAAAGAAUGGAGACAACCAGAAUCAGACCUGUGGCUAAUAGAGAAACCUGACGUACAGGCGUACAAUCAAUAAUUAUAUCAGUCAUUGUUCCUCUAUACCUUUUAAGGUAAAUCAAUAAGUACAGUCUCUUUCAGACACCAUGGACGCUUUUCAACAAAAAAUAUUUUCAUAGUGGUCACCAUAAAUGUAGUAUCUCUGUGGAAGAUUGUGUAUGAUUAACAAAAUAGAGAGUUUAUAGAUAAAAUCGAUUUUAUCUUUAGUUAAAAUGUUUCUCAGAGUCAUUUAGUCCAGUCAUUCUACCUUCUGCCCUGUAUCACCGUCACCCCAAAAUCCCUAUUCUGUCAAUCAAAAUCAUUAUUUAUCUCCCCAUUUCUUUAUAUUUUAGCCAGCCUAAGACUAAGAAAUCUUAACUGAAAAUUUUUAAGCUCCAAGUAAUAUAGAGUAUUUUUUUCUAUGAAUCUACUACCCAUUCUUGAAGUUAGUAGAAAACAUUGUCCUGGUUCAGUUGAACAAGAAGUCUACAUCUGUUAAGAUGUCACUAAGAUACACGAGUUAUGUAAACAACUGUUUUUUUCUGACUUGAGACUGUUUAUGACUGUUCAGAAAGAAAUGAAGUAGUCUUAUAUUCAGGCAGUGGACUCUACUUUCAUUUACAAAUAAGUGACUUUUUUGCAUAUAAAGAGUUUAUUUUAAAUCUUUUAAGGAUAAGAUAGAGUUACAUCAUAAUUAUAAAAGUUACUUACAGAAUUAACAGAUUCAUAUUGACAUUUUUAGUACCAUUAAUCAAGAUGUUAAAAUGUAUUUAUUUUAUUUUCAAAGUGGCAAAUAAUUCUAUUACAGAAUCUCAAAAUUUUGUGUUGUAAUGUUUCACAGUUCAAAGGCUUCUAGUAAAUUAUCUGUGAGCGUCUUCACCAAACUUAGUCCUUCUCAGCAUUCUUAACUCAAAGGCCAGCAGCUUUCCAAAAACUGAAGCUUUGUUACUUGUGGAGACCCCUGGUUACCUACCCAACAGUGUACUGUCUCCUAUUCUUUACCAACAGAAAUAGAGUAUGCUCUACUUAGAGACUACUUUUUUACAAAACUGUGACAAGAAGCAUGUUUGCCCAUGGCAUCCAGGAAGCAAAGAGAAAAGAAGGAGCCAGGGUCCCAGUAUCCUCUUUAAGGGCAUGUCCACAAUGAUCUAACUCCCUUCCACUAGGCUCCACCUCCUAAAAGUUCUGUCACCUCCCAGUGGUGUCACAGUUGGGGACCAAGCCUUCAAUGAGUCAUUAAAAAUAAAAAAGAUUUUUUUUUUUAUCCAUUCAUCUGUUGAAGGGCACCUAGAUUGAUUCCAUAGUUUAAUUAUUGUGAG